AUGUGGCGUCGUACUGUGUCUUCCCGUCGUCUCUUUAGCACGCGCGUAGCUGAUACUGACGUGGUCAUCGCAAGCUAUGCACGUACACCCAUUGCAUGUUUCAACGGCUCAUUUGCGCCCCUUCAAGCACCAGAACUAGGCGCUAUCGCAAACAUUGAAGCCGUCAAGCGUGCAGGGCUCGAGCCUGCACAGAUCCAUGAGGUUUUUCUUGGCAAUGUUGUGAGUGCUGGUAUUGGCCAAGCACCAGCGCGUCAAUCUGUGCUUAAGGCGGGGUUUCCUACGUUUAUUCCAUGUACAACGGUCAAUAAAGUCUGUGCAUCUGGUAUGAAAUCGUUGGCCCUGGCGUCUCAGAGUCUAAUGAGCGGCUGUCAAGAGGUGAUGCUCGCUGGAGGAUUCGAGAGCAUGACGAACGUACCACAUUAUCUCUUGAAGGCACGUACGGGGUAUCGACUGGGCAAUGGGACGCUUGUAGACGGCGUUAUCCACGAUGGACUAUGGGAUCCUUAUAAGAACCAGCAUAUGGGCAUGUGUGGCGAGAAAUGUGCAGAAGAUUUUGGUUUUUCUCGAGAAGAUCAAGAUGCUUUUGCUAUUGAGAGUUAUCGUCGUGCAGUCAAUGCGAGUGAAAGAGGCUUUUUCAAGACAGAGAUUACACCUGUGAGUAUUAAAGGACGACAUGGAAAGGAAGCCAAAGUCUUUGAUACAGACGAAGAGAUGUUUAAUACGAAAGUAGAAAAGAUCUCGAGCUUACGUACAGCUUUUAAGAAAGAUGGCACUAUUACAGCUGCUAAUGCAUCUACGCUGAACGAUGGAGCAGCUGCAAUGGUACUUAUGACUGGAGCUAAGGCUCGUGAGCUCGGAGUCACGCCUCUUGCACGUAUCCGUGGCUUUGCUGAUGCAGCACAGGACCCUGUCGAGUUUACUAUUGCACCGUCGAAAGCUGUACCAUUGGCACUGAACCAUGCGGGAUUGCAACUGAGCGACGUGGACUACCAUGAGAUUAAUGAAGCUUUCUCUGUCGUGGCGCUUGCCAAUAUGCGCCUGAUGAACAUCCCACACGAUCGCGUGAACGUGAACGGUGGCGCCGUUGCUAUUGGUCAUCCGAUUGGCAUGUCUGGCACACGCAUCGUAGGCACGCUUAUUCACAUUCUGAAGGAGAAGGAUGCUACCAUUGGCUGUGCUUCCAUUUGCAACGGUGGCGGAGGUGCUGGUGCGAUGAUCAUUGAACGCUUGAACUAG